AUGUCUAUCUAUCUAUCUAUCUAUCUAUCUAUCUAUCUAUCUGUUAUUAAAUUGUUAGUUUUAACAUCCAUCUUAUUUAUUUUAUUGAGUUGUAAGUUUUAUCUUCUGAGUAUCUAUCUAUCUAUCUAUCUAUCUAUCUAUCUAUCUAUCUAUCUAUCUUGUCUUUUUCAUUGUCUGUCUAUCUAUCUUAUCUAUCUAUCUAUCUAUCUAUCUAUCUAUCUAUCUAUGUUUCUUUUUUCUUUCUUUCUACCUUCAUUUCUGUUUUGUUUGUUUGUUUGUUUGUUUCUUUUUUAUUUCAUUCUUUCUUCCUUUCUUUCUGCUUUCUUUCUUUUUCUUUCUUCCUUUCUUUUUCUUUCUUCCUUUCUUCCUUACUUUCUAUUUUUUCUUUCUUUCUCAAGUAGUGUCUUUUUCUUUCUUUCUUUCUUUCUUUCUUUCUUUCUUUCUUUCUUUCUUUUUCAUUCUUUCUUUCUUUCUUUCUGUUUUCUUUCUUUUUUUUUGUUUUGUUUCUUUUUUUUUUACUUUCUUUCUUUUAUCAAUCUUUCUUUCUUCCUUUCUUUCUGUUUCCUUUCUGUUUUGUUUGUUUGUUUGUUUCUUUCUUUCUUUUUUCCUUCAUUAUUUCUUCCUUUCUUUCUGUUUUCUUUCUUUUACUUUCUUUAA